CAUAGUGGGCGAAGGCCGCACACUCGAUAUUCUAUAUAAGCUCAGUAAAACGGACGCCUAUCAUCAGUUCAGUUCGAGUUGCUCAAGAGCAAGUGAAUAUCGAAAAGCAGAGAGAUAUAAACAUGGCCCGCGCUGUAAUUCUGCUCUUCCUCAUCGUAAUUACUACCAUUAGUGCUUUGCCUCAUUGUAGUGAAAAUGAAGUAUUCAAUAGUUGCGGUUCAAGGUGCCCAAGCACUUGCGAAAAUCCAAUUCCCCGUGCUUGUACAUUGGAAUGUGUUGCCGGAUGUGAGUGCAUAGAAGGAUACGUGAGAAAUGCGGGAAAAAGCUGCAUAUCUCUCCAAAGCUGUUAAUCAUUCAACAAUCAAAUAAAUUUUCAAAUAUC